GAUAUUUAGAGCUAUGGCAGCUUCCUCAGCUAACUCAAAAGGGGAGUUGAGCCAGUAUAUCUCAAAAGAAGACAUCGAGAAAUUUAUGAUGGCACUCAAAGUUGGAGGUCAGGAGACAAAGCGAGAACUGGAGAAGGCAUUCACUGCGGUCUUAAUGGCUCUGGGGUCACAUUUUCCAGAAGUGAUCAUUGUCAAGCUAUGGGACAGACCAAAUAUACACUGUCUGCCCCCAAGGAGCCUCAUGGUUGCAGUGGGGAAGAUCAUCCUUUCCCAAGUAUUCUACGGAUUGGUCGUCAGUGCCCAGAAACACCUGGAUUCCUGGGAUGAUAAGGUGACGGGCUUUAGUCAAAGGGAAAUGUCCAUGAAGGCCUACAUCACCUUCCGCAUCUUCCUCAACCGUUGGUCUUUGAAGAGCAAGGACAAGGCACAGGUGACAGAGCAGGUUCUGCAGAUAAUGGGCCACCUUUUCUUCCUUAUGCCACCAUCCAAACUCAAGAACCAAGUGAACCGGUUAACACGAUGGUUAAUGAUUUUGAUGUCCACGAAAGUGACACCUUUCUACAUUUCCCAGUGUAUCUGCCAACUGGUGGAUGCUCUGGCACUCAGCGGCUGUGGAGGUAUAAACUUGGAAUCCCAGCUGGAAAACAUUACAGACAUGCUGUUCCAGCAGCUUUGUGAACGAGUGAACCCAGCAGACCCUCACUCUGUGGAGAACUGCAGCCUCGCCCUGAGGGCUUUCUUCAUCCUGGCCAAGUUAUACCAGGAUCAGAUGGUAUCCCUAUUACUAACCGCCAUGGAAUCCAGUGAUCCAGCCAAGAUGGAAUCAGCCCUUCAGGUGUUCACAGAUGUGUUCCAGGAAUUGCCUCAGACCGAGAAGCUGCAGCACAUGGUACUGAAUUCAACCAUUAUGGUGAUUCAGGAGGACCUCAAACCAGUGCCAAAGGUCCUCGUGCACUUCAUUGAGAUGCUGGGUCAGCAUAACUACUUGGCCUUACCCCAGGGGAACACCAUAAUCAGCUAUAUCAUCAAGCUUGUGGAGUCUGACUCAUCAAAUGAAGAGGACAUCCGAGUAAUGUGUUCCAGAAUCCUACAGAUGGUAUCUUUGCCUAAACUGGUCACGUUGGUGUGUGAGCCCAACAACACCUUGGCCUUUGUGCCUCUGUGUAAGGCAGCCACACAAAUGGCUCUGAAGGCCCGUUCCCUAGGCCAGGUUCCUUACCUCAGCAGCUUUCACCAGGAUCCUACCGAAUACGUUUCCCCUCAGAGACUCCUGACCCAUCUUGUGAUGUGUUCCCGGAAGCCCUACAGGGGAAAGGAGUUUGGUACAAGCUCUCUGAGGCUACUAUCUGCCCUGCAUCCUAUCACUUCUCUGCAUCCUGUUAUAAACCACAGUGUUGGCCAGCUGUGGAGGAAGGUGAUCCCACAGAUGUUGGAGAUACUAGAUGAUCAUACUGAGAAGAGCCUGAAUCAGGAGGAGUGGGAGGACAGGCUGUUCCAGUUUUUGAGUAAGUCAUUAGUGGCUAUUGAUGAUGACCGCUGGCAGGAGCAACUCAUCAGAGUCAUCUUGGAGAGGAUGCGUUAUUUCAGUGAUGAUGGUGAUGAGAAGGCUUUUCUCUAUAAAUUCUUUGGCUUCGCCCUGUGGACCUCAAGAAGUGAGAAACUGGUGAAGAUGAUGCUCUCCGCCAUCCUUCAAACUUCCCAUGAAAACGUGCGGGAGAGGGAGGGCAUUGCUGUGGCAUUCAGCAUCGUGUCCAAGAAACAUCUGAAGACAGUCCUGGAGCAACUGAAAGUGUAUAGUGCUGUCCUCACUGACAAGGAGUCAUCGUCCAUCCUCACACUGGCAAAGGAACAUCAGCAAAGGGAAUGGGUGCUUGUCUGUAACACCAUCUACUUAAGCUAUAGCAAGAUUAUUUUAGAGAGCAAGGGAGAUAUUUUCAUGCAUUUCGAUGCCGUGCUGGCCUUGAUCCUGCAACACUACCACAACUGCAUUUUGGAAAAGGAUAAGGCCCUGAAGCUGGAUUACCUGAAUGCCCUCAUCAUACUGACAAAAACCCUGGGCAGGCAGCAGCACGUGGCCUUUCAAUUCAAGUUCCCCCACAAGCUGGCAAUUGUUACCUUCAUGGCGGACCUAAUCAAGGAGGAGCCAUUGAACUCCAUUUCCAGCCCUAUUAGACAGAAGGCAAUGAACAUCAUCAAUAACUUCAGGAUGCUCAGGCUCCUCUUAGAGGCAGAAGAAAGAGCAGAGCUCCUGGGGACAUGCUUCAAGAGUGUGUUCUGCCUGCCAUCCAUAGAAGUGUUACGAAAGGAGGCAUCUAGUCCCAAGAAGGGCCAGGCCAAUGUGGAUCUAUUUGAGGGGACCAUGCAAUCCCUCCUAAGACUAAUGGAGACACUUAUUGUUGAGAUGCCCCCCCGGAUCCAGAACUGCUUGCAGCUCAUGGAUCCUUGGCUUAAUUCCCAGAAGGAUAACGAGCGGGAACGGGCCAUGUGGUGUGCUGCACGUAUUUUGGAGUUUACAGCGAAAAUGGAGGACUUCAAUGCCUUUGCAGAGUACUUCACCCAGAGGCAGCUCACCAACCUGGUGCUGACAGCCAUGGAGGAGCUGACGGGCAGCAGGGCUAACGUGUCUCUGGCUGCAGCCCAGUUGAUGAGCGCUGUCAUGAAAAAGCGGGGCACAGAUUUGAUAAAGGUUGAGGAAAUUGUGGCGGGCAUCCUGGAACGGCUCAAAUUGCAGCUGGAGCCCAACAGAAAGGAGGAGACGCUUCGGGCCCUGUGCUUGCUGGCGGGCAACAGCACCCACAACAUUGUGCCCCUGCUGCUCAACAGGCCCCUCCCUGGGGAUAGAACCAUUCUGGCCCUGUGGAAGGUGUUCGGCACCGAGCGAGAGACCACAAUCAACGUCCUGCAGCUGCUGAUAGGCAUCCUGGAAAACCACUCCACAGAGGGCACGACGGAGAUAGCCCUGCAGCCCAUGGAGGCAGCGUGUGCCUUGUGUGAGAUGCUUUCUGGGUCUCUGUGCCGGGAGGCCAUCCUGGAACUCUACCCCCGGCUAUUGCUGGCUGUGCUAUGUCAUCUCUUCUGGGUGAUUGAGCAAAAUACCCCCCAGAAGGUGGUGGUCUACAGGAAGGAUGGGGGCUCAGGCAAGACCUUUGACUCCACUAGUUGUGCCCUGGAGGUGGUGAAGCUUGUGUUGUUCGCAGCCGCAUAUGAUGGAGUGGUGGUCUAUGCAGAUGAGCAUAAGUGCUGGGAUCAUCUGUCCUCCUCUAAAUUUUACUACAGAGGGAUCAUGGACCUGACAAGUGGUAUUGUGAAGAACUGUGAAGCAGUCAUGCUGCACCGAAUUCUGAACCUUGUCAAGACCUUCCUUGACAGCGGAGAUAAUCAUCAGAAGAUCUUGGCCAGGACCAUCUAUGCACAGCUUCUCUGGCAUCGAUCAGUGGCUCAGACUCUGGGACAAGACUUUGUGGGCAAUCUAAUCAAGUGGACCAAGGAGCCCAACCUCAUUAUGAAAGAAAUUGGACUCCGUGGAAUCAGUAACCUGGCACUGCAUCCAAGUCAAUCAGAGUCUGUGAAGAGCCUUUUUCCAUCCUUGCGAGACUUCCUGAAGAGUGAGGCACGAGUGACAGUUCAGGCAGUGAAGGCCCUACGGAACAUUGUCAUACAUGGGCAUGGAGAAGAGGUCAAGGCGAUGUUCUGCAGCAUCUCCAAGGAUCUGCAUCCACCCGUCAAUGAUAAGAAGGACCAGGUGAGGAUCACAGCCAUCUCUGCCCUUGGGCACAUGCUACAAGUCAACAAAUUCAGGCCUGGAUAUGGCAUCAAGAAACAUCUGUACAGUUUUUUAGUCCCGCUGCUGCUUAGCUUAGAGGACAACAACACAGAGGUGGUCAAGGCCUGUGGAGCAGCCCUGGCUGAGUGAACUAAUGUGAUUGGCUGGUCAUCCUUCACACAGAUGUUUCAGCAUACCACCCUCAGUGAUCACAUGCAGGUGUUGGAAGAAACAUGCAAUCACUUGGUGAAUACAUGCAAAAGACAAUUAGUGGGGGAGUUACUGUUUCAGAGCUUCAGCUUCCUGAAGAGCUCCGAGUCCUUCCUACGGACAGCUGCACUCCAUUUCAUAGCAUUAACAGCUGAGAAGAUAAACCUGCAUUCCAUACAUGAGGAUGAUGUGCAGCUGUUACGAAAUGCUCUUGAAAGUAUGAAGAAUGAUCCUGUGGAAUCUAUCCAGAUUCUGGUGACUACUCUUCUUCAAAAUAUUGAGGAAUAUGUUAAUCCUGAGGACAGCUCUACUUCCAUUAUAAGUACUCGCUUCUUCCGAUUACGUGGCAGGAAAGCCCAAAAAAGAAAGAGGCACCUAUUUAAGACUGUCAGACGGGAAGGAGAUAAUGAUACUGAUCGGCCCAGGAAUUGGCUCCUAGGCCCUCUAAAUUUACUGUGCAACUGGUGCAAGGGAGUGUAAAGAAUACUCCCCUUCUAGUAGGCAACUUAGAAAAGUCAACACAGUCACAAGCACCAAAGUCUGAAAGUCCCCCUGAAAAAACUGAAUUGAUCCCGAAACAAGUUGCUCCUGAGCCACUGUGAACAUUUAGAACUUGUGGCUAAAGCCUUUUCCAGUUGUUUAUUCAUAUGUCAGUGCUGGACUCUGCCGUAGUCUCUCCUACCUUUUUUCCAACUGGGUGGGCAACUUUGGUUUAACCCCAAAUAGGUAGUUUUGAUCUUAGAAGAUAUAGUAUAGCCCUUGUUCUUUAUCUCCCCUAGGGUACUGUGAGCUAUCAGUAUAUACAUUUGUAAAUAAACGUUAUUUUUUCAUCCUAAAAAAAUAAAUAAAUAAAAAUAAAUUGUUUG